AUGGAUUCAAAAUUAAAUAUUGAUACUGGUACCAUUACAAGUUCAAAAAAGAACGAUGUUUUAAAUCAACCCGAUAUAGUUGUGAUAUCUGAUACAGACGAGGAGCCAACACUAGAAUCAACGUCAAAUUCAUUUAUUUUAGGCUAUGAGGUAUUAUUUGCACUAUUGUGCAGCUUGGAAAGUGAAUAUAAUAGCGCUAGUAAUUUAGAAAAUAAUAGUGUGCUUAUGGAUGAUUUAGAAGAUAACGAUGCGUCUGUAAAUAGCUUAGAAAAUAAAGAUGAGGAUUAUCGUUAUGAAAAUAAACCUAUUAAUGAAUGUUUUACAGUUCUUCCAAAUUCUUCUACAACAAGUCAUUGCCCGCACCUCCAUAAAACAGAUACUCAAGUUAUGAAAGGCAAACUGGUUAAUAAAGGACCUUGUCCUGUAAAAUUUUAUCAUGUAGCACCUAAAGAUUUAACCCAAUGUCCAUUUAUUGCAAUAAUUUCCAUUGGUAAUGAACACGAUUUGAGUCUUACUACACGAAAGCUUCUUACAAAACCAAUGUUAAAAAUAUAUCUUCAAGGACGGCCAUUAAGUAGCCUGCACCCCUCAUUAAAUAAUCAAUCACGUCUUACCUAUUUAAUUGAAAAAAACAAACGGUCAAAAUAUCCCUUCGGACAAGACAUAAUUGGAGUUGCACAUGAACUAUUGAAGCAAAAAAAAUUACCUGAUCCAUAUAUUCGUUCAGUUAGAUUUCUUGAUGAUGGUCAAUAUCUUGUUUUAUGUGCUCGAAAAGAGCAAGCUGAAUUACUUUCGCAAUCAUCAUAUAUUGAAAUUGAUAUGGCAUUUAAGAGAAUUCACGGCGUAACAAAUGAGUGGGAAGUUUGUGCCUAUGUUCAUCGUUAUCAAAAAGUACUAGUUUUUGCACGAAUAUUUACAAAUUUUCAAUCGGCCAGAGCAUAUCAAUAUUUAUUUGAGGAUUUAUUCGAUACUGUUGAAAAAGAUAUGGAAAAGCCAUUUGAAUUUCAGCACAUUCAUGGUCGUAGAUUGGGUUGUAUAAUUGCGGAUGAGCAUCAAGGACAGGCACUUGGUCUUGGGAAAUAUCUUCAUUCGAAAUAUAGUUACUUAUCAUGUGAAGAACAUUUAAAACAUAUUUACAAAUUAUGUCAAGUUCAUUUUAAUCACAAUAUUCGAAAUAAAGCAAUUUCUGAUGAAACGAAAAAAUUAAUGUAUUCUGUUACUAAAUUAAAUACACAAGAGGAAAUCUUGAACGUAUUAGAAAAAAUUAAAAAAUCUGAUGAACCAGGCACAGCAGAGUGGGUCAAUGAUAAAUAUAAACCGUGGAUAUUGGCUGGACUUUCAUCAGCAUUUACUAAAAUGAAAGCUGAUAUUUGGAAUCAAACGCCAAAUAAUACUAAUGCUAGUGAAUCAGCGCAUGCAAAUAUAAAUCACGAUGGUCGAUCUUUAUCUUUAUUAGCAGCAAUAUAUCGGCAUCGUCCUCUAACCCUAAUGUGUGCCAUCAAAUUACUAUUUAAUUUAGACGGGGACAAAAAAUUAUCCACCACCCCGGGUAAUGAUUUCAAUCAAUAUCAAUGGAAUUCGGCCAAAACAUAUGAAAAAUAUAAUGUACAUGAAUCGUAUAGAGACAAAUCUGAAUUAGGCCGUUUAACAAAUAAUUCAAAAAGAACCCCUAAAAAUAAAGAACCCAUAUCAAGGUCUAUAUCACAAAAAAAGCGUAAAAACCAAGCAUUAAAUGGUGGAAAAAGUGAAGAUUUGUCCUUAUCUUCUACAUCAACUUUAACUAUGGUUCCUACAACACAGGAACAAGACAAUUAUAUCGAAUGGGAAAACAAAAAACUCGAAUUGCGGCAAAAAAACUUAGAAAUUCUUAAAGAAGAAAUUUCAUUACGUGAAAAACUCAAUAAUUUAAAACAGUCAUAA